GUCAACGGAGUUAGCUAAAACCGUAGACAUAUAAAAAAAUAUUCCAUGGGUUAUAUCCUGCAUGAAAUAUUGAGCUUGAGAAAUCAGUUUUUCUGUCCCGUUUAGUGACUCGUUGAAGCUUGUAUCCGAGGUACCCAUCAGAGAUCCAGGAAUCCAUUCCCUCAGCCCACGGGCCAACAUAAUCGGAACGAACCAGACUGAGAACUAUUAACUCGGCAAAAUUGUUUACCAAAUAUUUGGUUAAUGUUUCCUGCAACUACAACAAUAACCACGGAGGCCACUAAAUAGGCUAAACAAUGGGGUACUCUUGAUGAACCUGAUGCGACGAAGCCUGAGACUCAUCUUUCGGAAACUGUACUCUGGAGUUCAUGAGAUCUGCUGUACUGCUGUACUUCAACUACUAAAAACUGAUUUCAAUUGACGAAAACAAAAUAGUUUUUUAGUUAUUACAACGCGUUGGUACAACCUCCACCGUCGUCACGGUCAAGUUAAUGAAAUUAUGACACAAGGUGCUGCACCAUUCUCCAAAUCUUGCCUCGUGCGAUUUAUUUUUGUUGACUCUCAUCCGACCACCCUUGUAUUUACGCUGCGCCACAAUCUAAAUUAACCAUUCUUGCUUUAAUAUAACGUUUAACGUUAAUUUAAUCCAAUAAUCUGAAUCAGAAGUGUGCAGCUUCUCGUGGCAAGUGUUAAACUUUCGACAAGUGAAAUGUCUACUUUACAUUUUUUGCUAUUUUUUUACCUACAAGGAUAUGCACUGAGUUUAAGCCCUGAGCAGGAAGUAGAUGCUUUGAUACUGGCACGAGGUGGUUCCAAAGGUAUACCAAAUAAAAAUCUGAAAGAACUCGGUGGAAUUUCAUUACUAGCACGUACGAUAACUGUAUUAAAUAGCUCAGACUUAUUUCAACACAUUUGGGUAUCGACGGACAGUGAUGCAAUAGUAGAGGAAGCUACUAAAUUUGGUGCGCUGGUACACAGGAGAGACCCAAUCUAUGCUCAGGACAAUACUUCAUCCUUGGAAUCCGUUAAGGAAUUCCUACAAAAACACGAAAAUAUCAAUAGAUUCGCGUUAUUCCAAUGUACUUCCAUAUUUUUGAAAAAUCAAUACAUAAAGGAUGCUCUGAACCGAUUUAAGACGAAGGAUUGCGUUUUUGCCGUUACCAGAUCGUAUAAAUUGCGUUGGCAAAUCCAAGCAGAAGAAGCUGUAGUGCCAUUAAAUUUCGAUCCAGCUCGCAGACCACGGCGACAAGAUUGGUCAGGUGAAUUGAUUGAAACAGGAAUGUUUUAUUUUUCCACAAGGCACUUGAUAGAGGUGGAACAGAGAUUUCAAAAUGACAAAUGUGGUGUAGUGGAAAUCGACGCAGCUGACGCAAUGGAGAUCGACACAUACACGGACCUUUUAAUGGCCGAAUGUCUGAUGCAAAACAAAAUGAGUUGUAAAAAUUCAACAACCAAUCCAAAUCUGCAUUGAGCAUAUUAGACAAAUACUAAUAAAAAAUAAAUGAAAAGCCAAAUCAACUCAUUUGAGUACUAUAAAAUAUUUAAA